AUGGUCGGUGGUAUCAGUGUUCGCGAUGUCGAUGCUCAGAAGUUCAUCGAGGCCUACUCGAGCUUCUUGAAGCGUCAGGGCAAGCUGCCCAUCCCCGGUUGGGUCGACACCGUCAAGACCGGUCCCUCCCGUGAGCUGCCCCCCCAGAACCCCGACUGGUUCUACGUCCGUGCCGCCUCUGUCGCCCGCCACGUCUACCUCCGCAAGACCGUUGGUGUUGGCCGCCUCCGAAGAGUCCACGGUACCGCCAAGAACCGUGGUGUCCGCCCCUCCAAGCACGUCGAUGCUUCCGGUGGCGUUGACCGCAAGAUCUUCCAGGCUCUGGAGAAGAUCGGUGUCUUGGAGCAGGACGAGGAGAAGGGUGGCCGCAGAAUCACCCAGUCCGGCCAGCGUGACUUGGACCGUAUCGCCCAGACCGUCGCUGAGGCCGACGAGGAGGAGGAGGAUGACGAGUAA